GCUGCUGCUGCUGUUUCGCAUCAGUUUGCGCGACUGUGUCGUCGCAAUAACAGCGAAGAUGUUCGGGAAGGUGCCGCCGUCGAACACGCCGGGUCCGCCUAAUAAUAAUGGCGGCCAAGCGUCAGCCAAAUCAUGCUCUAGGCUGACGACGACGAUGACAACGACGAGCACAGCCUCGUGUCUGCCAUGCUUCUCGGCGGACGAGACAUCGUCGUUGGGCGCCGAUGAUAAAAUGAGAUUCUGGCGACCGACGAAAGACAAUGCCGAUGACUCUGCCGCGGUAGUCUUCGAAGCUCCUUGUAAUUCUCUGCAACCGUUCGCCAGUCACACGGACACUUCACCCAUCACAAUGGAGCUUCCUAGAUCCUGCAGGACCGACGCGAUGACAACGACGAUCUGCGUCACCGCUUGCUCCAAAAUCUCGGCUAAAUGUUUGUCCAAAGAAGCAACGUCGCAAAUAGCUAGGAAUCACGCAAAUGCGACGCAAAAAAGCACUUCUGGUCAGAACUGUCCGACUCUCCCGAAGAUCGGCAGAUCGCGAAGACCGCAAUCCGCAUCGACCGGAAGUCUCAACGUCGAGUCAAUCAGCACAAGAGACUAUAUGAAAACCAUGAAGAAGAUUGUUUCCACUGGCCGAGAGCCUCUGAGCGGCAAAGAGCAGCCAAUAGGCGGUAGCAGAACUACAUGCAACGAGCAGCAAUCCAAAUGCUCUCAAGCAUACGCCGCCAAAUUAUCCUCUGCGACAUCUUCUGAAAUGAUUAACUACUUGCCAGGCGGAAAGAGAUCCAAUAACGAAGAUCUCUUGGUGGACACGUGCGCGAGUUAUUCCGCAAAUAGUGCAUCUAACGUGUCAACUGUAAGCGAGUUGUUGUAUGUGCAUCAGAAACCGGCGCCAAGGAUAGUCGACGUGAAAGAUGGCGCCGGCGAUUCUACGCUCACUACCGUGACCUGCGAAGACGAUUCUUGUGACAGUGACUUCGUCACCUCGACACCGUCCAAGGAUUGGAUGUCAUCUAGCAAAAUCAGCAGCGAUGCAAUAACGCUGCAACAGAAUUGCGUGUCCUGCGCUCCGCAAGAUCUUCCCACGGAGCUGCAAUCAUCCACGUCCUCUACAUCGAGGAACUACAAGGAGAAAUGUCGCGAUCUUUCUUGGCGACCCACGGAGAUGACGGAAAGUGGCGCGAUACACGGAUUGACAAUAUGCUCGGGCGAGAUGUUUCAGGAUACGAGCUCGAAGAGGCGCACCGGGGCAUCCUGUCAGGCGCUCAGGCACGCCGUCGCCUCGUUGAAUCGCCUGGAUGACUUUUACAUGGAAAAGAUCGGCGCGGGUUUCUUCUCGGAGGUUUAUAAGGUUACUCAUAAAGUGACAAGUCAGGUGAUGGUGCUUAAGAUGAAUCAGCUGGCGGCGAACAGGCCGAACAUGUUGAAGGAAGUCCAGCUCAUGAACAAGCUCAGCCAUCCGAACAUACUAAGGUUCAUGGGAGUGUGUGUGCACGAAGGUCAACUGCACGCGUUAACGGAGUACAUCAACGGUGGCAGCUUGGAACAGCUGAUUAUGUCGCGGCAUACGCCGUUACCGCAUAUCAUCCGGAUGAACCUCGCUAGGGAUGUGUCCCGUGGCAUGGCCUAUUUACACAGCCGCGGCCUAUUUCACCGCGAUCUCACGUCCAAAAAUGUGCUGAUCAAAAAGGACGAGUGUAACAACGAGAUGAUCGCGGUUGUGGGCGAUUUUGGGUUGGCCGCAAAGAUACCGGAUCCAAGCACGGGCUAUCGACUUAGCACUGUCGGCAGUCCUUACUGGAUGUCACCUGAGUGCCUCAAAGGCCAAUGGUACGAUCACAGAUCCGACGUUUUCUCAUUUGGCAUCGUCGUAUGCGAGCUGAUCGGCAGAGUGCCGGCAGAUCCGGACGUUCUGCCACGCUCAGAUAACUUUGGCCUCGAUUAUCUGGCCGUGGCGGAGAUCUGCGCGGCCGCUGAUCCGCCGCCCGCCUUUCUGCAACUCGCCUUCAAUUGCUGUACAUAUGAACCCAAGUCGAGGCCAACUUUUCCAGAGAUCACGACUAAUCUGGAAACAAUAAUAGCGACCUGCGAAGAAGAAUUGAAGAGCAACAUUGGUAAACGACAAUCGAUUGUUGAUCCAACAUUAAUGUCCAGUAUGGAUGAAAUCGCGCGAGAAGGACGCACGAUGAAGCGACGUACUGCAAAAAUCAGAAGUCAAUCGGCAGAUGCGAGAGGUUGCGACAAUGCAACUCCCUCUGAUAAGGCGAGGUGUCACUCUGCCAGGCGAGUGGCCGAGCUCGCCAGCAGACGGGAUCCGCAUUAUAGACCGAUGACGGCGAAUCCGUUCCACGCAUUGGGCGGCGUCAAAAAGAUUCUUGGUGAUCUAUUCUCCAGCUGUCUGGAGCUACCCUCGCUAGAAGAUGUGCGGCCCAGCGUCACUGACGGUGCGUGUAGCAAGUUUAAACCGGCGCAGAACGAUAGCAUAGCCAAGAUUUUGGAUAGGAAAAAGCCGAGUUCUGAGCCGAGCAGCCCUACUGCUAGAAAGAAGUGGGAAAGAAAAGUCGCCACCAAGGUAGGAGCUGCGAGUCUGUUUACUCAUCCACUCUUCCGGGACGGUUGGGAGCCGCGGAGACGCGGCAGCUGUGAAUCGGGUUUCUGGAGUUGCGUUGGCGAGGACCUGAGUCCGGAGCCACCGAAUCGGCGGCAUACCUCAACCCUCAGCAGUUCAGCAGCAAGUAGUCUGUUUCUACUGGAUGAUCAUCGAACCAGCUCGAUCUAUACGGACUCUUCCGAGGACAUUGCUAGUUUGGGUGGCGGCGAUUCGUGCUGGGAGGAUCGACUAAAUGGCAUUGGUUCCUCAAGCAAGACCAUUUCGAAAAUUGUUGAGUAUUUUGAAAGAAAGCAGGCAAUGGCGGGUAGACUUGGCGAACACGGCGAUACCGCCGGUCCUAGCCGCUUAACCUUGUUACGGGCCAGUCUAGAAGGGCCCGUGCCCAUAAGUAGUAUCUCGGCCGCGCAGCGGCUAGUCGUGUGUGAGGGUGCCGUACGUAGCAAACUUGCAUUAUUCGACAAGAAGUGAUAUUACGCCUGACAGUCAUUUGACAAUUUCUUAUCAUUUCCUUCUGACGCUCAAGGAGCACCCGCAUAAAAAAGCCUAUACAAUGAAAUGUGACACAGAUCUUGGAGAGAGUUUGCUUCAUCAUCGCGUACAUGAUGAUGGCAAGUAUCCUAGAAUGUUACAUGAUAAUUAGAUAGGUAGCGCGUUCUUAUGUAUAAUUAAAAGUGGAGAACAAAUGGUAGUUACAUGAAAAAUAAUAGUAAUCGCGGUUUUAUUGCACAUAAAGAUUAUGACAGGUGAAAAAAAGGAGUUAAUAGCAUCAGCGCGUCAUAUGUGACUUGUAGGCAGGAUAGUUUAUACACACGCGUGGCGUGCUAAAGAACAUUUCUCUAAAAACCUAAUAACCUGACUGUGAUGUUUUUUGAUAAUCUACAUACAUACAUAAUUGAGCUGUACGACUGAAAUUUGGCGGAGCAAUCGGCACACAGGACCUUUAAUACGCUACAUGAAUCGCGUUUCAUGCACUUGAGCUAUAAUAGUGUAUUGUUCGAAAGAAAAAGGGAGAGAGGACGAAGCAAUAUCGAAUUUCAUUUGAAGAAAUGCGUUCAAGAUUAGUGCUGGCGUAGCGCUAAUCGAUUUUUCGAGAUCGACGUACGUUUUGCAGUGCCUCGCAGUUCCUAGUAGCCAUCUCCGUCCUUAUGCACACGAACCGUGGUUAUUACCGAUCAUUGCAAAAAAGUUGUUCAGAUCGAAGAUGUGAGUAUGAAUUAUUUUUUUUUUAUUUAAAUAAGCAAGAAGGCAAAUUGUCUCAUCUCACCAUUCUAAUCUCGUAGUUGAUAUUUGCAAUUAAUUUUGUCGAUUUGUUGCGUUUGUUCUUUUUUUUCUUUUUUAUUUUGUAAUGUGUUAAUAAUAUAUAAUUUUAUCAAUUUUUAACUCUAAAUUUAUAUUUUAAAAAUAUUUAAAAAUACUGACCUGUAUUACUGCAGCUAUUAUCAUUGCAGUAUGCUGUAAUGAAAGGUCAGAGGAAGGUAAGUUCAAUUUACAGAGAUCUACGUUGCGUUUUGCAGAAUUCUCAUGUCGUUUUCGACUUGACAGACUAACAUCGACGCGGCCCAAAGUUCGUCGUUGUUUUGCUACGCGCUUUCAACGGUUUGAAAUUUUGCGUGUCGUGACGUUAAUAGCUCGGGAUGCGCGGUAUAAAGUGCCGGAGAAACCACAUAACGAUAAUAUAUAUACAUAUAUAUUUUUUUGUUGAUAGAGAUAUUACAUACCGUGUCCUGGAUAUCCUUGUUAUAGAGAUUGAAAUAGAGGAAUUUGUGUACACUUUGAAAAGAGAACAUAUGAAACUGAUCUAGUCAGUGUAUUAAUGUGGCGGCCUUAUCUUUUAUACGUUGUAGCGCUAAAAUUUAAUGUUUAAGGUGAAACGGCGAGCAUGAAAUGAGCGCAAGAUGAAACUGGGCCUCCUGGUAGUGCGUAGUGGUUUUUUUUAACAUUGGGAUAUUUAUACAAUAGAAAACGCGAAAGUGAGAGCGUGUAAGAUGAUUGAAUUGAGGUGUAUUGCAUCUAUGUGUGCGCGCGCGCGUUGCUGAAAGAAAAUAUACAUGUCCAAAAUGAUAUACAUAUAUAGGUAGCUAGGAUUCACACACACACACACACAAAUAUAUAUGUGUGUGUGUAUAUAUAUAUAUAUAUAUAUAUAUAUAUAU